AUUACCGCUGAUCUCCGUCGUGAUUCUGUUUUCACCGUCUGUUCCCUCAGUCUAUUUUUGUUCGCGUCGCUGACGGUGAGGUUCGCUUUUCCCACACAUGAAUUUACUUGUUUUUUCGUAAUUUUUUAAUGCGCCGACAGAAAAGCACCAAAGUUUCCAGCAUGCAGAUGCGCUGAAGUGUCGCUACUCUGAGGUUCAACCUGCGAGGAAAGACCCGCAUCAGAGCCCCGGUCCGGGAGCUGUUGAGGCUGAUGCGCGCUGCGCCACGGACGCUCCAACUUUUUAUACCAUGGUAAGCCUGGAUUACCUUUUCCUGCAGACGGAGAUAUUAACCGCGUUCUCUUUGGCGUCUAAAAAUAACAGCGGUGGCCGUGCAUGGGGUGCUGCGGUGUGAUGUGACGCCCCGGGUCGCUGUUUGAAGUUGGCACCGAAAUAAACGCUGAACUCCGUGUGCGCAUAAAAUGCAGAAGAGCGUGCGGUACAAUGAGGGCCACGCUUUGUAUCUGUCGGUGGUGGCGCGUAAAGAGGGCAGCAAGCGCGGCUUCCUGAGCAAGAAGACCACAGAGAACAGUCGCUGGACGGAGAAGUACUUCGCCCUCCACCAGAACGUGCUCUUCUACUUCGAGAACGACCAGAGCGCGAGACCCUCUGGUAUCUACCUGCUGGAGGGAUGCACGUGCGAGCGGGCACCGGCACCCAAAGUGUCCGGGAUCAGCAAGGAGCCCCUGGAGAAGCAGCAGCACUACUUCUUGGUCAUUUUUGGCCACGAUGGACAGAAACCUUUGGAGCUGCGGACAGAAGAAGAGUCAGACUGCAACGAGUGGGUGGAGUGCAUCCAGCAGGCCAGCUACUCUGACAUCAUCAUCGAGCGUGAGAUCCUGAUGCAGAAGUACAUCCACCUGGUCCAGAUCAUGGAGACUGAGAAGAUCGCAGCCAAUCAGCUUCGCACUCAGCUGGAGGACCAGGACACAGAGAUCGAGAGGCUCAAAGCUGAGAUUGUAGUGCUGAAUAAAACCAAGGAGAGGAUGAGGCCUAACCAGAACAACCAAGAAGAGGAAGACCCAGAUAUUAAAAAGAUUAAAAAGGUGCAGAGUUUCAUGCGUGGCUGGCUGUGCCGGAGGAAGUGGAAGAUCAUCGUCCAGGACUACAUCUGCUCUCCUCACGCCGAGAGCAUGAGGAAGAGGAACCAGAUUGUGUUCAACAUGGUGGAGGCUGAGACAGAGUACGUCCACCAGCUCUCUAUCCUGGUCAACUGUUUCCUCCGGCCGCUUCGCAUGGCAGCAAGCUCCAAGAAGCCUCCUAUCAGCCACGAUGACGUCAGCAGCAUCUUCCUCAACAGUGAGACCAUCAUGUUUCUGCAUGAGAUCUUCCACCAAGGUCUAAAGGCUCGGAUCGCUAACUGGCCCACUCUGGUUCUGGCGGACCUGUUUGACAUCCUGCUGCCUAUGUUGAACAUCUACCAGGAGUUUGUGCGAAACCACCAGUACAGUCUGCAGGUGCUGGCAAACUGUAAGCAGAACAGAGACUUCGACAAGCUACUCAAACAGUACGAGUCCAACGCUGCUUGUGAAGGCCGCAUGUUGGAGACAUUCCUCACUUAUCCCAUGUUCCAGAUCCCUCGAUACAUCAUAACUCUCCACGAGCUGCUGGCACACACACCUCACGAACAUGUGGAGCGCAAGAGUCUGGAGUUUGCCAAAUCCAAACUGGAGGAGCUGUCAAAGAUGAUGCACGAUGAAGUGAGUGACACGGAGAACAUUCGGAAGAACCUGGCCAUCGAGCGGAUGAUCGUGGAAGGCUGCGACAUCCUUUUAGACACAAGUCAGACCUUUGUCAGACAAGGCUCUCUGAUCCAGCUGCCAUCCAGCAGUGAACGGGGCAUGCUCAGUAAGGUCCGCCUGGGCUCCCUCUCCCUGAGGAAGGAAGGCGAGCGGCAGUGUUUCUUGUUUACCAAACACUUCCUCAUCUGUACACGAACAUCUGGAGGGAAGCUUCACUUACUCAAGCAGGGAGGAACACUGUCUCUGAUAGAGUGCACUCUGAUUGAGGAGCUAGAUGCCAAUGAUGAAGACUACAAUGCAGCAGGUCAAGGCUUCAACCAUCUGGAGUUUAAAAUUGUGGUGGAGCCUCCUGACGGCCAGAGCUUCUCCGUUGUCCUCUUGGCUCCGUCCCGUCAGGAGAAAGCUGCCUGGACCAGCGACAUCAGCCAGUGCAUCGAUAACAUUCGGUGUAACGGCCUGAUGACCAGCGUGUUUGAGGAGAACUCCAAAGUUUCUGUCCCGCACAUGAUCAAGUCUGACGCCAGGCUGCAUAAGGACGACGUCGACAUUUGCUUCAGCAAGACGCUCAAUUCCUGCAAGGUCCCUCAGAUCCGAUACGCCAGUGUGGAGCGCCUGCUGGAGCGUCUGACCGACCUGCGCUUCCUCUCCAUAGAUUUCCUCAACACCUUCCUCCACACCUACAGGAUCUUCACCACAGCAGCCGUGGUCAUCGACAAGCUGGCUGACAUCUACAAGAAGCCGUUCACCUCCAUACCGGUCAGGAUCGAGCAGCAUUCAUGUGACCGUCUGUCCAUCAUGUCCCUCUGUCCUGACUACAGUCUGAAGAUCACACAGCUUGCACUGGACCAGUCCAAGUCUCUGGAACUCUUCUUCGCCACCAACCAGGGCGUGUGGGGAACCGACCCGUUGAACAACAAAUCACCAAGGCUGUGUCGCAAGUUCUCUUCCCCACCUCCCCUCUCCAUCCCCCCUCGCACCUCCUCCCCCGUCCACUGCCGCAAGCUCUCCCUCAGCUCGCCGAUCGGUAUGAAAGCAGGAGCUUUGGACCUCUCCACCACCCCCUCCUCCUCAGCAGCCAACUCCCCCACCUCCAGCCACAGCCCCUCCAUCUCCUCUCCUCCUCCCGGCUCAACCAGGCCCCCGUCGGGCUUCUCCUCACCUCCGCCCACCGCCACGCGCUCUCCCAGCCUCCCCCAGGCCUCUGGGGUCUCCUCGCCGCCCCCCAUCUCCACCAAGGCCCCGCUGGACCUGAGCCGCGGUCCCAGCUCUCCAGAGCUGAGUCCAGCUGCAGGGGAGGACGUCAGCGGAGAGCUGCCUCGCAUCGACGCCUUCUGUGGGAAGCUGAGGCGCAGCAUCCGCAGGGCCGUCUUGGAGUCAGUAUCACUGGACAAGUUUAUUCCUGAAUCACCAGCCAGCAGCGAGCCGGGCGACAUGUCUCCCUGCCGCUCUCCUUCCACGCCGAGGCAUCUCCGCUACCGACAGUCAGGAGUCACAUCAGGGGAGAACGCUCGCUGCACCAUGUCACCAGCUUCAGCAUUCGCAAUCGCCACUGCUGCUGCUGGGCACAGCAGCUCCCAGGGUUUUAGUAAUUCAGAGAAAGCCUGUGACAAAGAAUUCAUCAUUCGCAGAGCUGCAACCAACAGAGUUCUGAAUGUACUGCGACACUGGGUUUCCAAACACUCUCAGGACUUUGACAUGAAUAGCGAGCUGAAGAUGGGGGUGAUCAGCCUGCUGGAGGAGGUGCUGCGAGACCCAGAUCUGCUGCCACAAGAGAGGAAAGCAACGACAAACAUACUAAGUGCCCUUUCUCAAGAGGAACAAGACGACGCUCAGCUGAGGAUAGAGGACAUUUUACAGAUGAAAAGCUGCCCUCUUCUGCACUUCAUUGUGGCAGAGAGUCCAAAGGCGGAGUGUUUCGAGUCGCUCUCAGCCAUGGAGCUGGCAGAACAGAUCACACUGCUGGAUCACAUCGUGUUCAGGAGUAUUCCCUAUGAGGAGUUUCUGGGUCAGGGCUGGAUGAAGGUCGACAAAACUGAGAGGACUCCGUACAUCAUGAAGACCAGCCAGCACUUCAACGAUAUGAGUAACCUGGUGGCGUCUCAGAUCAUGACCCACACGGAUGUGGGCUCCAGGGCCAGCUCCAUAGAGAAGUGGCUGGCAGUGGCUGACAUCUGCCGCUGCCUCAACAACUACAACGGUGUUCUGGAGAUCACCUCCGCCCUCAACCGCAGUGCCAUCUACCGGCUGAAGAAGACCUGGGCCAAAGUCUGCAAACAGACAAAAGCACUGAUGGACAGGCUGCAGAAGACAGUGUCAUCAGAGGGGAGGUUCAAGAAUCUCAGAGAGACGCUGAAAAACUGUAAUCCUCCAUGUGUCCCGUACCUGGGCAUGUACCUCACUGACCUGGCCUUCAUCGAGGAGGGGACACCCAACUUCACUGAGGAGGGCCUGGUGAACUUCUCCAAGAUGAGGAUGAUUUCUCACAUUAUCCGGGAGAUCCGUCAGUUUCAGCAAGCACCUUACAGGAUAGAGCACCAACCCAAAGUGACUCAGUUCCUGCUGGAUAAAACCCUGGUGAUGGACGAAGAUACUCUCUAUGAGCUCUCACUCAAGAUCGAACCCCGAGUUCCACCUGGAUAGCUCUAAAUUCAUUUCAUGCACAAACAUAUCAUACACACACAGUUACACAUGCAUGUAUAUACAUGUUUUUACAAUACCAACUCAACAAAGCUUCAUUCUUCAUAAAGCAGUCAUUGUUCUUAGGAAACUCAGGAGAAAAUGUGCCUUGUUGAAUGAAUAUCUGAAGUGUAUAUUUAAUGAACAGACCGUAUAAGAUGUGACUCUUUACCAUUCGAUUGAACAAUAGUGACUGUAGUACCAUCCUAUUAGCUAAUGAACAUGGCACCAGAAAGUAACCAGUUGCUGCUAUCACACUGUAAAUAGCAACAAUCUGCCUCUAUAGUCUUGCAUAUAAACACUGUCAGAUCAGUUUUACAUUAUUUCUAUGAUCAUGGCUGAAUGAACCUGCUCUGGGCCUCUGCUGACCCCCGUUUCACCUGCUCUCUGUGCACUGUGUACCAAUACAAAGCCACAGGGUUGCUGUGUGGUAGUUUGCAGGUUAAUUUAGGAUCUAGAUGGGUUGUUUACCCAGAAAAAUUGAGAAUAAAAUGAAGCAGACAAGCAGAAGAAUUGUGUUUUAAAAGUUUUCUGUAAUUGUAUAACUGGAAAUUUGAUACUUCUUAUAAAUACAUUAUAGAAAAAAUGUUAAAAGUAAAAUUUCAAAGUCAGAUUCUGGUCUUCAGUUCUGACCAAAAAAAAUUGGAGGGGGAAUUCAGGAAUGCACAACCCAAAUUAAAUAUACACUACUGUUCAAAAGAUUGGGGUCAUUUAGAAAUGUCCUUAUUUUUGAAAGAAAUGCAGUUUUUUUCAAUGAAGAUAACAUAAAAUAAAUCAGAAAUCCAGUCUCGACGCUGUUAAUGUGGUAAAUGACUAUUCUAGCUGGAAACAACUGAUUUUUAAUGGAAUAUCUCCAUAGGGGUACAGAGGAACAUUUCCAACAACCAUCACUCCUGUGUUCUAAUGCUACAUUGUGUUAGCUAAUGGUGUUGAAAGACUAAUUGAUGAUUAGAAAACCCUUGUGCAGUUAUGUUAGCACAUGAAUAAAAGAGUGAGUUUUCAUGGAAAACAGGAAAUUUUCUGGGUGAUCCCAACUUUUGAACGGUAAUGUAUGUCACACAGAUGCUUGCAAACUUCGGGAUACUUAAAGUUUAAAAGCCAAAUCAUGGCUUGCUCAUGACUCAUGUAGACUUUGAACAUACAUGCAGUUUCAUUCACACUACAAUAGAUACUCAUCAAUUUGCUGCCCAGACGGUUAUACCUCAUGUUGAACACAGAAAAACACACCCAUAGACAUUUCUGAAAGGCUAAAUGAAUACUGUGUAAACCCUGCAUUUAUGCCAAUCAUGCUGUUUCAAUAUCAUAUUUUGCGAUAAUGAAACAGCAUCUGACUCUGACUUUUUCCCGGCUACAGCAGCUGGUUGCAGGUUGAACUGUAAAACUGUGUCAGCGCAAUUAUUUAUGAGGUGUGUUGAGCACAAUGGGCAGAUAAUGCACAGGAUUUCUGGAGAACUUAGAGCUUCCCACUGGGUUUGGGCUCUUGAUGGAAAGCAUAUACACAUCAAAGCCCCUUCAAAGUCCUGUAGCGACCACUUAAAUUACAACUUUGCUAAUUCUUAAUUAUAAAGAGGUACGCUACUGUUCAAAAGUUUGGGGUCAGCCAGGCAAUUUAAUGUUUUCCAUGAAAACUCACACUUUUAUUCAUGUGCUGACAUAAUUGCACAAAGGUUUUCUAAUCAUCAAUUAGCCUUUCAACACCAUUAGCUAACACAAUGUAGCAUUAGAACACAGGAGUGAUGGUUGCUGGAAAUGUUCCUCUGUACCUCUAUGGAGAUAUUCCAUUAAAAAUCAGCUGUUUCCAGCUAGAAUACUCAUUUACCACAUUAACAAUGUCUAGAUAUGUAUUUCUGAUUCAUUUAAUGUUAUCUUCAUUGAAAAAAAUGCUCUUCUUUCAAAAAUAAGGACAUUUCUAAGUGACCCCAAACUUUUGAACAGUAGUGUAGAUGAAAGAGAAUCUCCUCAUACAAUGUCACCUCAUGACAAGCAUUUGUUUUGACACCUAUUUUUUUUUUUAACACAUGCACAGGCAGUGUGCAUAUAGCAGCACGUAUGGACACAAAGUUUGGGCUGUAUGCAGAUAUCCAUACUUACGUGGAAAGCAUGACGGAUGAGUCAAGUCAGGACCUGAUGAUUAGCCACUAAAACACUUACAGCAUCAGUUUUAUUUAGUUAUGAGUUCACCAACAUUCCCAAAUCAAUUUACAGUAAUAUGGCAACAAACAAACUGCCACACAGUGAACCUAGGGUUGCUAAUUCAAUUCAGUUUUAUUUCUAUAGCGCAAGUUACAAGUCAAAUUGUCUCAAGGCGCUUUACAGAACCCAUAUGCCUGAACCCUAAGGUCCCUGUUGCAGGUACUUUUACCGAGCUGAUAAUCAAGCCAUGUGAUGAUGUGUGUCUGUGUGUGUGCAUGUGUGUGUAGAGACAUGCUGAGUUUCCUAAACAGCUGAAGUACAGUUUAAAUAUUUUAUCUACCUUAAUGAUAACUGAUUUGUCUGUUGUCGUUGGGCUCACAGGAGACGUCGGUUUGGGCUUCACUUUUUAUAUCAUCUCAUAAAACUGAAAGUUUAUGUCAUUGCAGAUUAUGUUGUAUUACAUUUGCAUGUCACAGCAACAAUCCUUGUAGUUUAUACACAUUUCAAAUCUUCAAAAAUACUAAUUACAAAUUUAAAACCUUCUUGUCCUGCUUGACAAGCAAUCAGUCGUUUCAGUUUUUUAAUAAUUUUGUACACAAAAGUGUCAUUUUUUAAGAGGAACGGCCUGAAAGGUUUUCUUACAUGCCACAAAACCAUACACUUAAACAGUUCUUUUACAUGUUUCACCAUUAUUAUUAUUAUUAUUAUUAGUUCUUGUCAAUGUGAUCAUUUCAUCAUAUUUUUAACCUCACUGACUGUAUUAGUAAAAUAGUAUCUUUGCACUAUUGAUUUAUAAAGAAUGUCAGUAGACUCUAAAGUUGUUCAUAGCAUGAAUAUAGCAUGAUCGUCACCCUCUGUCCUUUAAAUGAUCCUUGUAGGAAAGGUUUUUUUGGAAUCUUUUAACAUUUAAAUGCAUUAGUUACAGACCUUCGCUUUCUUACACUGCUGUAUACUUUGUAGUUCCACUUUUUCUGUUUUGUUUUCCAUGCAUUUCUCUGUGUAAUGUACAGAUAUUUACACACUCCAGGCUUAAAAAUAAAAGCAAAAAAAAUAUUAACUGUAA